GUCGCUUCAGUCGCCCAUGUGGUGUUGUCAAACAAACAUAGUGCGUGGUUUUUUGGUAUUUUCACGGUGAUUUUCACACAGGGAAACAUAAAAAACUAGAUAGAAUCGUGCAAUGGGACGCCCAGGUUUCACUCCCGGAGGCGGAAGAGGAGGCUUUAGGGGCGCCGGUGGACGUGGUGGUGGCGGUGGUCGAGGAGGUUUUGGUGGCGGUGGACGCGGAGGUGGAGGCCGUGGUGGCUUCAAACCGGGCGGUGGGAGAGGUGGCGGCGGGGGCAGGGGUCGAGGAGGCGGUGGAGGUCGAGGUGGAGGUGGUCGAGGGGGUUUCAAGGGUGGAAAAACAGUGAUUAUUGAGCCCCAUCGCCAUGAAGGAGUGUUUAUUGCUCGUGGAAAGGAAGAUGCUCUUGUAACGCGGAAUCUAGUUCCCGGAUCCGAAGUCUACGGCGAGAAGAGGAUAUCUGUUGAGGAGAAAACCGACAAGAUUGAGUACAGAGUGUGGAAUCCAUUUAGGUCUAAGCUGGCGGCAGCAAUUCUUGGUGGAGUUGACAAAAUUCACAUGGCUCCCGGAUCGAAGGUUUUGUACUUGGGAGCUGCUUCGGGAACGACAGUUUCGCACGUUUCGGAUAUAGUGGGACCCGAAGGGUUGGUGUAUGCUGUAGAAUUUUCGCACAGGAGUGGCAGGGACCUGAUAAAUGUGGCCAAGAAGAGAACUAACAUAAUUCCCAUCAUUGAGGAUGCUCGCCAUCCACACAAAUACCGUAUGCUCAUUGGGAUGGUGGAUACGGUAUUUGCAGAUGUGGCUCAGCCAGAUCAGGCCCGAAUAGUUGCCCUCAAUGCCCAGCACUUCCUCAAAAAUGGCGGGCACUUUGUUAUCUCCAUCAAAGCGUCCUGCAUUGAUUCCACAGCCCAACCGGAGGCUGUAUUUGCGGCGGAAGUGAAGAAACUGCAAGCGGAUAAGCUGAAGCCGCAAGAACAGAUCACUCUGGAGCCAUAUGAGAGGGAUCAUGCGGUGGUUGUUGGAGUGUUCCGGCCUCCGCCAAAGGCGUAGAUUUUAAGUGAAAGAGAAUAUUUUUCUUUUUGUUCAAAAAAAAUAUAUUACACCCUGACUAAUCAA